AUGGUGCUUCGUCACGUUUGGCUGGUCCCAGUAGCGGCCGCACUUUGCGCUAUGAUUGGAAUGAUCGGAGGGUAUGUUAUAGGAGUUGCAAAUGGACAUUUACUCCCUCUUCUUCCGUUCAUCAGUGACGGUGGCGCGCAAAGCCCGGAAGCUUCCAUUUUUGGACAAUUUCUCAACUUGGCCUCGUUCUUUUACGUCAUCACUUUCUACAUACGACACCGUCAAACUGUAGAAUACUACUAUCAUCGCCUGAAUUGGGAGCAAACAAAAUGGCGCUAUGCGUCACUGGCACUGAUGUAUGUAGGAUUCGUUAGUGCACUGGGGUUGUCGCUGGUUGCCAAUUUUCGGGAAUAUGAGAUAGAGGCUGUGCACAACAUUGGCGCAUUAAUGGCUUUCAUUGCACUGAUAAUCUAUGCAUGGGGACAAGUCAUAAUAGGAUAUGCACUCAUCCCUCGCAUGGCUACCAUGUUAGUAAAUCAUUUUCGUCUCCUUACUGUGCUCUUCGCAACCUGCUGUCUAAUUCUUCACGAACUGGCUCUUCAGACGACUAUAUUCGUACCUAGAAAUGCAGGAGCAUUUCCAGGAUGGCAAAUUUUUGAGCACGGUGGCAGAGAUUCACCGUACUUCCGCACAUUCCUCAUCGCAACCAGUUCUGAAUGGGCGCUGGCAUUGGCAUUGCAGCUGUUUUUAUUGACAUUCGUAACCGAACUUCGAUUCGCAUAUGCACACGCACCUCGUGUGAUCUUCAAACGAAGUGCUACCGAGAUUAUAAGUGCAAACGAGUGGACAGGUCAGAGCUAA